GCGCCAGACUCCCCCGCUGCCAGAGGUGGAGGCCACGGGCGUCGAGCAGACGUCGGAGUUCCACUACGUGUGCGACCGCGAGAUGAACAUGGCUUACCGCGUGAAGGGCAACAACAACACUCCCGAAUAUUGCGCGGCAGUGUUCGAGAAAAGCGGCAGCCUCGAGACCGACGAAAUGUGGGCCACAUGGCCAGACGGCGACAGGGCUGCGCCCCAAGUGCUGGUGAUGGCGCACAGGAAGGCCAUCAACAAGGGCUCUUGCAAAGGAAGCACGAAGGGCACCGGCAAGGGCACCAAGUCGAAGGGCACCGACAAGGGCAAGGGCAGCACUUCGAAGAGCACCGACAAGGGCAAGGGCAGCACCUCGAAGGGCGCCGACAAGGGCACGGGCCGCAUCUCGAAGGGCACCGACAAGGGCAAGGGCAAGAAAGGCACCGACAAGGGCACCGACAAGGGCAAGGGCAAGGACUCGAACGGCACCGACGACGGGGACGCUGAGCAGAAGGCCAAGCGCAUGGGCAUCAAGAUGACGAAUGAGGACAAGCAGGAGACCUGGUCGAGCCACCUCAG